GAAGAACUGGUAGGACCGCAAUUAGCACUCGUUAUGUUUCACGAUGGAAGGCGCGGUUGGCAAAAGGCCAGAAGACGAAUGGCGCAUAAGUUUGGCGUGAACAUUCUAGCUAAGCUUUGGGUUCGAUCGAAGCGAUUACGAGAGCUCAGGACAUCGUAUCUCCGACGAACUCUUCCUUCUACAUCUCGAAAGUGCCGACCGCUUCGUGAGGGAGAGAUCCGCUUACUUCAAAUCAAGCCAGGCUACACGUUAAGCACCAUUGAAUGCGACUUUGUGUACGUGGAUCUGCAAUCCGCUGGAGAUUAUGCUGCUCUUUCUUAUACAUGGGGAAUAUGCGACCCCUCGAUCCCUAUUCUGGUGAAUAAAAGGGUCUCCUUGAUCACUGAAAACCUCUACCUGGCAUUAAUUCACCUGCGUCAAAGGGAAGUCACGAUGCUCUGGGUUGAUGCUCUCUGCAUUAACCAAGAUGACCUUGCCGAACGCGCGAGACAGGUCGCUCAAAUGAAAGAGGUAUAUUGUAGGGCGGCUAUCGUCCACAUAUGGCUCGGGGAAAGCAAUGAGCUUAGUGAGCGGGCUUUUGACGAACUCCACGGUUUAAGCGAACACUUAGACUAUGAUGCAGCGGUUCCUAGCCGGUUUUUCGAUGAAGUUGCGAUGAACGGCCAUCACCAAAGAUGGAGAGCAAUAAGCGAAAUACUCUAUCGCCCAUGGUUCCGUCGCGUGUGGGUCAUCCAAGAAGCAUUAUCUGCUCGGCGAGCUAUGAUGGUCUGUGGGAAAGAUAUUAUUGACCUGGAUUUGUUUCUCAGGCUCAUAAAUUCGAUGAUCAAGGCUGGAGUUUUAGACAUGGUUAUGUCGUACCACCCCCAAAGACACGAGCUGCCAGGGGGACCCAUAAGGACAGCCAUCAAACAACUGGAGUUUCUUGUGAAGGCAAAAUUCGAAGUUACCAAUUUCCUCACGGCACACAAAUUCAAACCGACCCUGUUAAACUAUCUUGCAGGAACAAGAUGGGCAGAGGCAACCAACCCACUAGACAAGGUUUACGGCAUACUCAGCCUGGCUGAUGAUGCUCGCACGUUAGGCAGCUGGGAUGUAGGCCUUGGUAAAAACCGAAGGUGGCUUCCAUUUAAGGUCGACUAUAAUCUGUCGAAAGAAGAAGUCUUUAUCAACGCCACCAAGGCAAUACUCUGUACCACAAGGUCUCUGGAUGUCCUCCGAUUUGCUAGAUACGACCCAGACAGUGCUAACGGUCUUCCAUCCUGGGUAGCGGAUUGGGCAAACAAAACCCCGCAUCGCGUCUUUGGCCAUAUGUCCGUAUGCCCUACAUAUGAAGACAAGAAACCAUCCUGGCGCUCAUAUUUGGCAACCUCCGAUCAGUCUUAUAUACGGGAUCCUAUAUAUCACGACAUCACGCUACAUUGCUCGCCCGAAUUCUAUUUGGGUAAGGCAAACACGCUGAAUGUAAAGGGCAUUCAUUUCGACACAAUCACUGCUCUUUCGACGAAUGUAUAUCCCCGGGAACACGCACAUGGAAUUGAUCCACAAAGUAAAGACCCCACAGAGUUAUUCGAACCAAUGCAGCAGCACCUUAGAAUCAUCACACAAUGGAUUGAUGACUGUGUGCAACUUGCUAGAAGAUGUUCCCCGUAUCCGACCCGACAGAGCCCAUUGAGCUCCCUCUGGAGGACGUUGAGUGGGGGUGUUACUCCCGAAAACAGUCUGAUGCCUCAAGGAUUCGAAGCUCUUCUUAGCAACUUGAGCAAAGCUGAAUCAGCUCUUGGAGCCCUCAAGACGCAAUUAUCGUCUGUCCAGUCCAAAUGGCCCGACGCCCUGUCCGAGAUUGCGGCUAGCGCAGCUCUGUCGCACUUUGAAUCUCUUGUGUCUUGGCUCUCAGAAUGUAACUCAAGAUGCCAUUCACGAAAAUUUGCUAUAACGCGGAAGAAGUAUAUGGGCCUAGUACCAGACGGAGCAAUAGUUGGAGACUUCAUUUGCAUUAUGUACGGCUGCGAGAUGCCACUUAUUCUACGAAAAUGUGGACGCAAUAGUUUCAGACUUAUCGGGUAUGGCGAGUUUGAAGGACUUGUUUUUGAUGAUGCUGUUGUAGAAGAAAAGGUUGUACUAAAGAGAAGAGAGAAUCCGCCGGAGGAAAGGUUCGAUUUCGUUACUUGGGAUAAGUUUGGGGGUAAUGUUGGCGUAAGAUUAAAGAAGCUGAGAAGCUAG